UCUUAUUUUAAUGCAUUAUAUCAUACUCAAAUAUUGCAACAGUUGAACGAAUACAACAAAGGGUGAAUUCCGAAUAGUGAAGUAGAAUUUCUUAAAAAAUAUUCCAAGUUUCGUAUUGCCUGUGUUCGUAUCGGCAAACGCGUGCACCUGUCUAAUUUUGUCAGUUUUGUUGUAGAUAUUUUCGUCUGAAUUACGGUGAAAAAUGGAAUUCGUUGCGUUGGCUAAACGGUGAUUGCAGUUGGAGUACAGCUGAUCGUCCGUUGACGGACGAAGCGAUCUGUAUUUCAUAGUUCCUCCAUUCACCAUGAUAAAAAUCGCCUCAUCUCGCUUUUUCUCUGCAAGCAGCAACCUUUGUGCGUCAUCCACGAAGGCAGCAAAGGUGCUGAACAAGUUGAUGAAUGGCAAUAAAUCGAAGAAGAAACGAUACUACGAGGAAACAAACGACCAAGGCCCCAAGCUAAUGCCGGCAAAAUCGCUUGCCAGCAGCAAUCGCCAGGGCAAAGAAUCCAAUCGACGUAUAGCGGUGUUAAACAAGCUGUUUAUGAAAAAUAUCACCGACCUUAUGGCCACUGGAUCGUUUGCCAGCGAUCUGUACGGAUAUGGAAUACAGAUCUCGCGUGUACGUGUAGCUCCUGAUUUUCGAGAAGCAAGCAUCUAUUGGUUUUCAACCAAUCUCAAUAAGGACGUAAAAAUUGAUGGUAUCCUAAAGCCGCUCUCAUCUCGCUUGCGCCAUGAACUGUCGCAGCUACGACUGAUGGGCGAAGUUCCGCAGCUGACAUUCGUACAGGAUAAGCGAUACUAUGUGGAAGGUUUGUUGAACAGUUUGCUCAAGCAAGCGGAUUAUGGCGAGGACGGAACGGAAGAAUACGAGCAGGAACAUUCGCAAACGGGAAGUGAAGAGCAUCGUUUGCUUGAGCCCGAGAUGAAACACGAUAUUCUGGGGCUUGAUCAUGCUCAAAUCAUGAACCGGAUUCGACAGUCUGUCGAUAAAACGAACAAAGCGUGGAAAAUGCACCAAGAAAUACAAAAGAAGCGCGAUGAAGCUUCUGUACUUCAGAAGGCAUCCAAAGAUAGUAACAAAUGAUUUCUUUCCCUGGAAUUGGUGCGUUCUAUUCCGUAUAGUAAAAGAU